AUGGCCGGAAAAUCUUCCCAGCUAGUAAAAUAUUCCCAGCUCGCAAAAUCUCCCCAACUCUGGUAUGAGACCACACCAUCCACCUACACCAAAGACGAGGAUAGAUCGACAAUCAGAAUGACUUUCAAAAUUCCUCACGACCAUCGAAUCCGGAUACCCCGAUCAGAUCAGCGUCCUCAUGUACCACCGGAUGGUUACACCACUUUCUUCCACGGGCAACUCGCCGGUGGUUUGCGUUUUCCUGUGCCCUCGUUCUUUACUGAGGUGUCCGAGUAUUUUCGAAUUCCGCUGCAGCAGUUUACUCCCAACUCCUUCCGACUUCUAUGUGGUGUAGUCAUUAUCUUCCGAUGUUAUCAUCUCCCGCUCAAUCCAGUAACAUUUCAUUACUUCUUUUAUCCCAAAACAUGGACAGUCGGGGUCUUUUACUUUGCAGCCCGACCGUCGUCCAAAUUCCUAGAACAAUAUCCCAAAUCCCCUACGAGAUGGAAGACCCGUUACUUUUUUGUCAAACCUGCCUGUCCAUUUACUUGGCCAAUCGGUUGGCAAAGGGAGCUUCCUCCCCAACCUUAUCUAGGCAACUUUAAGGAUGAUGAUACCUAUCAGGCUGCGGCAGACGUAUUGAUCGACCUCCAUUUUGAUGGGAACCUCCUGUUGGAGGAAAGCUUGCUCUUCUACUAUGGCCUGAGUCCUAUAGAGGCAGAAUUCAAGCAGCCCCUGGCCGACACCAUGCUGCGAGCCUCAUGCAACAAGCAUAUGAAGUGGAGUCGGGCUCGUCUGUCAGCCCCAGAGGAUUCACCUGCCACUGAUCCGAGUACUUCUGCUAAACUCGCGCCACCGCGACCAUCCAUGUCGCCAAAGGUCGUGUCCUCGGGCGAGUCGGAGGAGCAAUUCCAAUUCGAAUUCCAACCUCGCAAAAGGAGUCGGGAUUUGAAGCAAUCAGCAGAGGCGAGUUCUUCUCGUCCGUCAGCUAGUCCAAGUGUAACGCCACCAUCACCCGUCGCGCCGCAACCACUAAGUGCCCAACCUACAACACCUCGAGAAUCGGUUCCUCCGACCAGCCCUAGCUCGUCGACCAUACCGGGUAUUUCCACCGGCCACGACGUUCCUCGCCGACGUCGAUCUCCUCCAUUGGUAAAUAGUCUGUGGGAGCAGAUCAUGGCGACAGAGGAAGAAGCGGCCAAGAACAAGUCGCUCCCGGCGUUGUGCGACUCAAUGGUAGAGACUAACAUUAAGCUCUUGGCAGAACAACGAGAACUCACAACCCGCGGGCCCUACUUGAUGGAGAGAUAUCGGGCAAUGAAGGCGAUGGCGGACGAGUGUCAGGCGCAGCUCGAGAAUAAGAACCAGGAGUUGGAGGCGUCGAAGGCAGAGACAGCCCGGCACAAGGCGGAGGCGGCUGCUCACACGGAGCAAAUUGCCCGACUCCUAGCCAAACUGCAGGAAUCAAAACAGCGCCGGCUUGCGAGCGAACGGAGGGAGGCAGAAGAAAGAGGACGGCGAGAGCGGUUGGCGGCCGAGGUCGAGACUCUGAAGGAGCAGCUGUCCAAUUAUAAAGUCGGCGAAGAAAGUCAGUGGGCUAGUAAGAAGAAGGCGUUCUUGUCUUCAGUCGAGUUCUACGAUAUACUCGGUGCUCGUACUGUCUUGAUGCUCAAGUACGGUUUCGAAGGAGCGAUACGACAAGUCCAGAAGGCCGGGCACCUGCCCAAAGGGACAUCACUGGAUUUUCUUGAUCUUCAGAAAGUUUUGGAUAGCAUCCCGGACGACCUCCUAGCCGACUAGUAAUUUUGACUUGUGGAACCAGUCCAGUCGUCAUGUAAUAUAACUUUUGAAGAUGACCGCAAACAACUGUACAUGCAUAAUGAUGCUUUCGAUCUGGAAUC